AUGGAUAUCCACUGCAAUGUGACAUCACUACAGGCCCAGACACAGAUGAACUCCACCAUCUACCACCUGGUUAAGAUGGUCAGCAUGUGUGUGAGCUGCACCUUGAACACAGCGCUCAGUGUUCCGUUACUCCUGGUCAUCAUGUGCUCCCCGUCCCUUCUCAGACACACUCGCUUCCUGCUCCUCACACACCUCUUGUGUGACAACAUCUAGCAGCUGCUCUGGACAAUCAAAGCAGUUCUCUUAAGAGAAGGUAUACCUGUGACCCAGUGUGUAAUCCAAGGUGCUCUAAGCGGUGCUAACCAGGCCUGCUCAUUGGUUGACCUCUUCCUGAGCACCGCUCUGGCUGUGGACUGCUUUGUAGCUGUCAAGUGGCCCCUGCACUAUGAAUUCUUGAUGUGUCCUCAAUGGAAGAGAGUGACUGUUGCAGCCAUAUGGACCUUAUCAGCUGUGCUCAGCAGUGUGGCUUUGGGUAUCAGCCUCAGCACCGUCCAGGUCAAUUUUACCCUCCCCCGCUGUCAACCUCUCAUCCUUACACCCUGCCUGUCAGGGACAUCGGCUCCAGUGCUUUACUGCACUGUGGGAACUGCUGUGGUGGUGCCUCUCUGCUCUCUGACCAUCCUGGGAUGCUUCUGCCUGCUCUGCUGGGAGAUGCGUGUAGGAUCGCUCUGCACCAAGACAGCAUGUGUGACCCUGACCCUCCAGGCAGCUCAGACCAUCCUCUUUUCUGUUCCUUUGGUCAUGGAAAGCUACCUGAUCCCUGGCUGCCUGCACAGUGAUGCUCUUGAUACAGCAGCCACCAUCAUCUAAAACCUGGGGGUGUCACUCAUCCCUCUGGUUUAUGGCUACCGCUCACAGGAGCUGCAGCAAAGGAUACGACAGGCUGCACACGGGAACAAAGUCAACAACGAAAGUUAG